GAUUGAGUUGCAAUAAUCCACUCUUGAUAUAAUAUUGUUAAUCACCAAUUUCUUGAUAGAAUCUUUAUCAAGGUAUUUCUUGAUAAAAGCAAUAUUUCUAAGGUGAUAUCCAGCAAUAGGUUGGGUGAAGAUUGGUUUUAUUAACAGUCAUACCCCGUGUCCUUGUGUGGCCAUAGGGGAGGCUGUUCCAGUCACGUGUGGUGCGUGGAAAGUAUGAAUGCUUGUAUGCGUCAGUGUUGAUGUGAUAUGUUUGGUAUUUAUGGAUGUGUGUGUUACGAGUACAUUGACUGUUUGCGUUGUGUAGGUAUGUUUGUGGGUCAAUGUCAAUGUGAGUGUUUGUGAUCUUGUACAUAAGUGUAAGUCUGUGUGCUUGUCUGCAUAUGUGUAGAGGUUCUAUGUUUAUCUGUUGUUUGAUCCGUGUUAUGAUUCCAGGCGUUUGAGUGUAAUUGUUUGCAAUGAACCUAGCCGCCUUGGUGUUGAUUUGUUCUAACCUAUCAAUGUUUCUGUGUGUGUGAGGAUCCCACACCGUGGAGCAGUAUUCCAGUGUUGGUCUCACAUGUGUGUCAUAAGGGACCACGGUUUACUUACCCACCAGCAUAAAGGGGAGGCUUAACAACUAAGUGGGCAGCACACCAAUACCCCAAGCUGGGAUCAAUCCUGUACCCUUCAAUUUUUUUUUCCACAAGGGAGGCAGCUCAGGGGCAUGAAGCAAAUACAGGAACAAAAAGGCCCACUAAAUGCUGCUCCAGUGAAAGAAAACAGAAUGAGAGGCCAAAAGGAAGCUUGUAGUUGUGUCUUACUCAUUGCACGUGGGAGUUCCCUGAAGGACCUGGAUUCUUAUUAGCACCUGUUCAAGCCUGAGUCAAGGAUCCAAGAGGCUGAGCCGAGGGACGGGAGGACAAGUUGAUGAACGCAGCCGUCACCACACGAUGAGACCGGGGGUGACGUUUAGGAGCCUGUAGUUGGCGUGAGGAGGAGGAGUGUUGAUUCUUGGUGUCUACAGCUGUUCUUCUUUCCUCAGGGUCAGGUUUGGAGGGCUGGAGUGGGUAGGGUAGUGAGGAAGAGGGGGCGGGUGAUUAUUCUUGCCUCUUCAACCAUUUUCCUCCACAGGGUGAUGCUCGGGGGCCAGGAGUGGGUGCGGGUGGUGCUGCCAGGGGACGAGGUGGUCCCCUAUGACCCAGAGACCAGCAGCGAGCGCAUCGUUCUUGGGCCUGGCCUGCGCUGGGAGGAUGGGAUGGUGCGCGUGGCCAAGGCCGGACUCCUGAAGAAGGUAUCGCGCGACCUGUACUUCGUGGACACCCACCAGAAGCGCUACGUACCACAGCGGCGGGAGUACGUCAUCGGCAUUGUGGUCAAGAAGAUGGGAGACCUGUACAAGGUGGACAUUGGCGCCAGUGAACCCGCCACCAUGUCCUUCCUGUCCUUCGAGAACGCAUCCAAGAAAACCAAGCAGGACCUGAGCCUCGGGGACUUGAUCUACGGGCAGCUCAUCGUCGCUAACAAACACAUGGAGGCCGAGCUGGUCUGCAUUGACGCGUACGACCGAGCGAUGGGCAUGGGGGUCCUUCCUGCCGGGGGGGUCAUGUUCAACAUCUCCCUACACAUCGCCAGGCAGCUCAUCAAUCCCCAUAAUCCGUUCCUCCUGACCCUGGCGGCGAAGGUGAAGUACACGAUCGUGGUGGGCAUGAACGGCCGCGUGUGGGUGAAGGCGGCCAAGCAGAGGGACAUGGUGGCCCUCAUGAACUGUGUCCUGAUGCUGGAACACAUGACCCCAGAACAGGCCGAGGACAAGGCGCUCUGGCUGAUGGAGGCUCUCAUGGUCUGAAAGAGGAUGUGGUGUUGGUUAUGGUGGAGUGACAAGUAUUUUCAGGUGUGUUUGGCUCUCACAGAUAUUUCCCAGGGCCACAAAGAGGAUUAAUUGGGUAAUGUAACAAUGCUGAGUGCUUCCUCUGUGGACAUGAAGGUAAAGUUGACCCCCUCACACUCAUGGUACUAUCUGGAGACACUUAUUCAACCCACAGUGGCACUUGCAGUAUAUAUAUACGUCAGAGAAACUACAAUAAUGCAGUGAAAAAAUCUCGUAACAUAACCUGUGUGUGCUAGGGGAUUGAAGUGUCAGGGGACUUCUACUCAGAAGGCCCAGGUUCGAUCCCUUGGCACUCAGUGGUGUUAUAUUACAGGCUCUUUUCACUAUGUUAUUGCAGUCUCUAAUGUGUAUAUGCACCGUAUGUGACAUUGUGGGUUGAUCAAAAGCAUCUCCAGCUACCUUGAGUUUAAGUGGUACCACCUUCCCUUUCAUGGUGCGUCAGGUGCAGGCACGGGGGAGGGGGUGACGAUGCUCAUAAUGCUACCUAGUAAAAAGUGGCAAGUGAAAUGUCAUGUGGAGGAACUGUGAGUGGAAUGAACAGUGGAAACAUGACAGGAGUUAUGAACCAUGUUACUGCUGCACACCAAACUAAUGGAGUGCUGGAACAGACUCAACAGUGGCCCAAGCAAGGGACCAAAUCAUGUAGGACUUGCUGACAAGCCUACACACAAACAGACAACAUAUAAAGCUAAUGUAUAAAACAGUAAACACCCAGAUUUCAA